AUGACUACUGAAACGACCGACCAGCCCGAUGCUAGCCAGAGCGAACUGGCAGCAAUCCGUGCAGCUGUACGGAGCCUCUGCGCCGGUUACGGUGAAGACUACUGGCUGCAAAUGGAUCGUGAGCAGGGUUAUCCAGCAGAUUUUGUUGACGAACUCACCCGCGCCGGUUUCCUUGGCGUACUCAUACCGGAACAAUACGGUGGCGCCGGCCUGGGACUUAUGCAGGCUGCUGCGGUAAUGGAAGAGGUCUGUCGCUCCGGCGCUCAUGCAGGUGUCUGCCAUGCGCAAAUGUAUGUCAUGGGUUCUGUACUAAGACACGGCAGCGAACAACAGAAACAGUAUUACCUGCCAAAAAUCGCAAAAGGCGAGCUGCGUUUGCAGAGUUUUGGUGUGACCGAGCCCGGCACCGGCAGCGACACCACGCAACUCACCACCACCGCCCGACGUGAGGGUGAUGAAUACGUCAUCAAUGGCCAGAAGGUCUGGAUCAGCCGUAUCCAACACACCGACCUGAUGUUAUUGCUGGCUCGUACCAGCCCUGCAUCAACCAGUAAAAGUCGGGGGCUCUCGACGUUCAUCAUUGAUGUACACAAAGCGGUUGGUAACGGCCUGACAAUCCAGCCCAUUGAAAGCAUGAUCAAUCACCACUCAUGUGAGCUGUUUUUCGAUGACCUGCGCAUUCCCGCAGACAGCCUGCUGGGUGAAGAAGACGCAGGAUUCAGGGUUAUACUUGAUGGCAUGAACGCUGAGCGCGUACUCAUUGGCGCCGAGUGUGUCGGGGAUGGACGCUACUUCAUCGACAAAGCUGCCGCUUAUGCCAGCAAUCGCGAGGUGUUCGGGCGCCCGAUCGGUAAAAACCAGGGAGUACAGUUUCCCAUAGCUCGCGCAUAUACACAGAUUGAAGCCGCUGCUUUGAUGGUUGAACAGGCAGCCAAACGCUUUGAUGCAAACCUGCCUUGCGGCGCCGAGGCUAAUAUGGCGAAAAUGCUGGCUUCAGAAGCAUCCUGGCAAGCCGCCGAUGUGUGUAUGCAGACCCAUGGCGGGUUUGCAUUUGCCAAGGAAUAUCAUAUCGAGCGCAAGUUCCGUGAAACGCGGCUCUAUCAGAUUGCGCCAAUCUCAACCAACCUUGUGUUGAGCUACAUUGCCGAGCAUGUUCUGGACAUGCCGCGGGGAGGCCUGGGGCGAGCCCACGCUUUACUGCUGGCCCACGAAGGUGCACAUGUUGUUGUUAACGACCUGGGAGGCGAUCGCCACGGCACCGGGGGUGGCACCAGUAUGGCAGACGGCGUGGUGGAGGAAAUCAACGCCGCAGGCGGAUCAGCGGUUGCACACUAUGGAUCUGUCACCGAUGACGCUGAUGCCGCAGGCAUGGUCAAAACCGCGGUCGACACCUUUGGCCGCCUGGACAUUUUAAUCAACAAUGCCGGCAUUCUGCGCGACAAAUCAUUCAAGAACAUGAGUGACGAUGAGUGGGAUAUUGUCAUCGACGUACACCUGCGCGGCACCUACCUGGUCACCAAGCAUGCGUGGCAACAGAUGUUGACCCAGGGCGAAGGUGGUCGAAUUGUCAUGACAAGCUCCACUUCCGGUCUGAUCGGUAACUUCGGUCAGGCGAACUACGGAGCGGCAAAAGCCGGUAUUGCCGGUUUUAUGCGGGUGCUGGCCCUCGAAGGUAUGAAGUAUGGCAUCACCGUGAACGUGCUCGCCCCCGCGGCGCUUUCUCGUAUGACUGAAGACAUCAUGCCCGAUGUACCAGACCUUGGAGAACGGCUGGCGCCUGAAAAAGUCUCACCAACUGUUGUCUGGCUAUGCACAGAUGAUGCCGCCAAGGUCACCGGUCGCCAGUUCUGUGUCAGCGGCAAUCGCACUUCCCUGUUGUCCUGGCAGGUGGAUGUGAUUACUGAGAAAGAUGCUCUGGAUGCACCCUGGACCGUUGAGGAAAUGGGUGAGGCCAUGGCCAAGUCUAUGGAUGCCUGGGAAUUGAAUCGUGAAGUGAUCAGCGCAGCAGUCCUGUUACUGCUGGCGCUUGCCCUGGGCAGCAUCAUUGACGCGUAUGGUUGGGCGUUGUUUGCCGGUUCGGUCACCUGGUCCGUGCUGCAGUGGCGGGAAUACAGAAAAAUAAAGGUGUGGGCCAAACACCCCUUGCGCGCACCUCCAAACACCUCACGGGGCUGGUUUAAACUGGCCAAUUCGCCGUAUCGCUCCCUGCAGCAGGAGCGCGCCCGCUCAAAGCUGUUCAUGACCCGACUGCGGGAGGUGAUGGCGCUGGUUCAGGUGAUCCCGGAUGCCGUGAUUAUUCUUAACAAAGCCGGUGAAAUUGAGGGGUUCAAUAUCGCGGCCCGCAACCUGUUAUUCCUCAAAGACAGCGAUCGCGGUAUUGGCCUGGCAUCCGUGGUACGCAGCCCGGACUUCAUCGCCUUCUUAAAAUCCGGCGCGAGCGACAACCUGCUGGAAUUCACCUCCCCUUUCGACCCGGACAGAAACCUUGAGGCCCGCAGUUUCCCGGUUGAGCAGAAUCGUUUUGUCGUACUGGUACGCGAUAACACCGAACUCAACCGCUUGCUGACCAUGCGACAGAAUUUUAUCGCUAACGUUUCCCAUGAACUGCGGACGCCUUUAACCGUUGUUGCCGGCUAUCUUGAAACCAUUGCCGACAAGGAGCAGCCUGACGAAUUGCGUCUGAGCCUGAUUGACAAGCUCACCUCGCCGUUAAGCCGGAUACGUUCGCUGGUCGACGACCUGCUGCUUCUGACACGUCUGGAAUCUACCCCGGUACCUGCACAACUUGACCCUGUCGCAAUGACAGCAGUAAUCAGCAAUGCCGUCAACGAAGUCAGGGGGCUGGCUCAAUCACCCGGCCAGAUCAGCGUAAAAAUAGAGACUCAGGCGCGUAUCAAAGGUAUUGAAACCGAGCUUUAUUCCGUAUGCGUUAACUUGUUAAGCAACGCGCUGCGUUACAGUCAGGAAGGCAAGCCGGUGACCAUCAGCUGGCGGGAGAUAGACGGCAAAGCGCAGCUUUGCGUGAUUGACCAGGGCGUGGGUAUCGCCCCGGAACACCUCAAUCGCAUCACCGAACGUUUCUAUCGUGUCGACAUGGCAGACGCGCGCACACGCGGCGGCACGGGAUUGGGUCUGGCUAUCGUCAAACACGUACUGCGCCGCCAUCACUCCGAACUUUUUGUGAAAAGUACGGUUGGUCAAGGCAGUGAAUUCUACUGUAACUUCGCCAUCGCAGAACCGGUGCGCGGUUUACCUGUGAUCGAGAUCGAACCGAUCCCCCUCACGCUCAGUCAGCCACAGCAACCUGACCAGCAAACGCAACUGCACAAUUAUCAGAGAACGGCAGGGCUUUCAGGCAACAUCAGCAGUGCCGGAUCCGACACUCUGGCUAACCUGAUGACGCUUUGGAGUGAUGCGUUUAAGCGUGAAUACCCCAGUGUGAAUAUCCAGGUUCAGGCGGCAGGCUCAUCCACAGCGCCGCCCGCGCUGACUGAGGGCACCGCCAACCUGGGCCCCAUGAGUCGAGCCUUCAAGGACAAUGAGCUGGAAGCGUUCCAACAGCGCUACGGCUACAAGCCAACGGCUAUCCGGGUCGCCAUUGAUGCUGUCGCGGUCUAUGUCCAUAAAGAUAAUCCUCUGGAUGCCAUGUCUAUCGAGCAGAUCGAUGCAACGUUUUCCGUCACCCGGCGUUGUGGCGGACGCCAGGAUAUUCGCUUCUGGGGCGAUCUCGGGCUAUCCGGCGGCUGGCGGGAGCGCCCGAUCCAGAUCUAUGGACGUAAUUCAGUGUCCGGCACCUACGGCUACUUUAAAAGUGUUGCCCUGUGUGCAGGUGACUAUAAAAAUUCCCUCAAUGAACAACCCGGUUCAGCUUCAGUGGUGCAGGCCGUAGCUUCUUCACUGAAUGGCAUCGGCUACUCCGGCAUUGGCUACAAGACAUCGGGUAUCAAAUCUGUACCGAUAGCCCGUCGCGGCAAUUUUCCGAUUCCAGCAACCACGCAGACAGCGGCCGACGGCAGCUACCCACUGUCACGCUAUUUCUACAUCUACGUUAACAAACCACCCAACCAGCCGUUACUGCCUGUCGAACAGGAAUUCAUCCGCAUGGUGUUGUCGGCCCAGGGGCAGGCGAUCGUCGAAAAGGAUGGUUACAUUCCAGUAUCGGCACAAAUCGGGAGACGUUUAUCGCGUCGGACGCUGUUUGAUCGAGGAUUACGCUAUCUGGUGACCUUGGGUGGAUCCACAGUACUUGCGGCCAUUGUGCUGAUUUUUCUUUAUCUGUUGUGGACCGUGGCACCUGCUUUUGCACCGGCAAGCAUUACGGAUCGGGGGCAGAUCGCCUUGGUCAGCCGCGAAGCCCGCCUGGUUGAUUUCAAUGAGGCGGGUGAUGUUCUAAUGCGUCUCGCGGCUGAUGGCAUCACGGAAUUUGUUGAAGUAGACAGCGGCAUUCCACUAAUCAGUUAUGACCUGGGAUUUCGGGUCAACCAGGCCCAACGUGUUUACCCGACUUUGGACAUCUAUGCCGUCCUCGACGAAAACCAGCGACUGUGGCUGGUGCGUGCCAGCUAUGAGGUAGAUAUCACCGCUGGCGUUCGCAGUGUGACCCCCCGCCUGGAAGCGGCCUUUUCGAACCAGUUUAUUCCACUGGGCAAAACCAACACCUUCGACGUUCACCUGGCCAAUGACAGCCUGGUCAUUGCCAGUAUGAACGACACGCAAAUGUCACUGUUGCGCUAUGACAAUGCGGAACUGGGUUUACCUCUACUGAAUGCGACCCAGGCAAAUCUGACCGUAGACAACAGUGUUGAAAAAAUUAUUCUGGGGCCACGCAACGAAUGGGUGUACCUGCAGGACAACGACAACAGCCUGCACGUCUACGACAUCACCGAACCCAACCGCAUGCGUGAGUUGUUUCACACACAACUGGCAUCAACGACCCGCAGCUUGACGGCAACAGUGGCGCUGCUGGGACGUCAGUCUAUUCUUGCGGCAGACGACCGUGGUGUUGUCACGCAAUGGACCGCUGUCCGCGACGAUCUGGGUUUCCGGAUGCAACCUAUCCGAAACUUCGACCUCGGUUCAGCAAUUCACACGCUGGUCAACGAACCCCGACGCAAAGGCAUUCUUGCCGGCACCAGCGACGGUUAUCUACAUUUAAUUUACCCCACAUCAGGCAAAGCUCAAACCCAAUACGCAGCAGAUCAAACGCAACAGCGUGUCAACGCUGUAUCACCCCGGGCAGAUCAAUUUGUCACCGCAGACAACAGUCGUCUGCACGUAUUUCAGUUAGAUAAUCCUCACCCGGAAUUGUCAUUUUCCGCUUUGUGGAGCGAGGUCUGGUACGAAGGUUACAGUGAACCUGUUUACAGCUGGCAGUCAUCUGCUGCAGACAACGAUUUUGAGCCGAAGUUUUCUCUGGUGCCACUGGUGUUUGGCACCUUGAAAGCCGCUUUCUAUGCACUUCUGUUUGCUCUGCCUCUGGCGGUCAUGGGGGCGAUUUACACCGCUUAUUUCAUGCCCGCCCACAUCAGGGCCUGGGUGAAACCCGGCAUCGAAGUCAUGGCUGCCCUGCCUACAGUCAUCCUGGGAUUUAUUGGCGGCUUGUGGCUUGCACCGAUUGUUGAACAGGAGUUAGCCAGCGUCCUGUCCGCGUUUGUUCUGGUGCCCGGCGCCCUUAUUGGUUGCGCACUAUUCUGGUCCGUUCUGCCCACCUCAAGGCGGGACAGAGUUGUGGGCGGUUAUGCGCUGCUGGUGGUACCGGCCAUUGUCGCUGCCAUCACUUUAGGCUUUCAGAUUGGCCCGUGGUUCGAAAACGCAUGGUUUGGAGGAGACAGCCGCACCUGGCUAAGGGAAGUGGCUGGCCUGGAUUAUGCUCAGCGUAACGCCCUCGUUGUAGGCAUGGUCAUGGGGUUAGCGGUAAUCCCACCUAUUUUCUCCAUUGCCGAAGAUGCAAUCCACGGUGUGCCGGCGCACCUGGUGAACGGCUCGUUAGCACUGGGCGCAACACCCUGGCAGACCUUAAGCCAGGUUGUGCUGCUGACCGCAGCACCCGGCAUAUUCUCUGCCAUUAUGGUCGGCGUUGGUCGAGCUGUUGGCGAAACCAUGAUUGUUCUGAUGGCCACAGGCAACACACCCAUCAUGGACUUCAAUGUGUUUGAGGGCAUGCGUACUUUUGCCGCCAAUAUCGCUGUGGAAUUGCCGGAAACAGAAGUAAACAGUUCGCACUAUCGGAUUCUGUUUCUGACCGCGUUUGUACUGUUCAUGAUCACCUUCUUUUUCAACACAAUUGCUGAAAUCGUUCGUGAGCGCUUGCGCAGCCACUACGGUGAACGGGUCGAAGUCAGCACACUGUCGCGGAUUCAGUAUCUGGAAGCUGGCGGUGACGACAACCGUCUGUCCGCUGAUGCGCAAGAGGUUGAGCGAUGGUUGUUCAACACCGGCAACCGCCGCACCAACCCACCCGAUUUUCGCUGGGUUUAUGCCCACGAUGUCACGCAUAUAGAAACACCGGUAGAGCUUGCCAAAAUCGAACGGAUUGAAUGGGGCCCCGCUUUCGGGCGUAUUCUCGAACUGCGCUUUGACAACGCAGACGGCAGCAAAAGAAUUGUCAGUGGCGUUGAACUCAACACCCUGUUACAGACCACACUGGCGCGCCUCAACACCAACCGGGCAGCCAUCGCCAGCCUCGAGCGGGGCACCAUCAAUCAGAUUAACGCUGACCUGAAAGCCAUUCGUCUGCAGCAGCGUGCACUGAACAUGGACCCUCCUGCAGAUGCUGCAACUCGCCAGCAACAGCUGGCAGGACAGGAAGCUGUAUUGCUGCAAACCUACCGGGAACAGGAGCAGGUCCUCAGCUCUUUGCUGAAGAACCUUGAAGGCAGCGCACUGCUGCUUGAAAUACAACGCAACACUGCCAGGCAGAUUGAACUGGCUGACACCCUUUAUGUGACCUACCCCAACAACAUGAGUAGCCUGGCAAAAGCUGGCACUUUCCUGUCGAACAUCGGUCGCUUUCUGAGUGACGACCCACGCGAGGCAAAUACCGAAGGCGGCGUUUUUCCCGCCAUUUUUGGUACGGUGUUGAUGGUUUUGUUGAUGUCUGUGGUAGUCACCCCGGUUGGCGUGGUGACAGCGAUCUACUUACACGAAUAUGCCAGCCAGACCACUUUAGUGCGUAUGUUACGUAUCGCCGUCAGCAACCUGGCUGGUGUACCUUCUAUUGUUUACGGGGUUUUCGGGCUGGGAUUUUUUGUUUACUUCCUCGGCGGCAACAUCGAUCAACUGUUCUACGCUGACGCUCUCCCGGCCCCGACUUUCGGCACACCAGGCCUGUUCUGGGCAUCACUUACCCUUGCCCUGCUGACCGUACCGGUUGUUAUCGUCUCUACUGAGGAAGGACUGGCACGCAUACCGAAAAGCUUGCGCGAAGGGAGUUUGGCACUGGGCGCCACCCGCGCCGAAACUCUGAUGCAGGUUGUACUACCCAUGGCCACACCCGCCGUGCUGACUGGCGUUAUUCUGGCGGUAGCCCGCGCUGCAGGCGAAGUUGCACCGCUGAUGCUGGUUGGGGUUGUUAAACUGGCACCCGCCCUGCCUAUCGAUGGCGAAUUCCCAUUCCUGCAUCUGGACCGCAAAUUCAUGCACCUCGGCUUUCACAUUUAUGACGUUGGUUUCCAGAGCCCUAACGUCGAAGCUGCCCGACCACUCGUGUACGCUACCGCACUGCUGUUAAUCAGUAUUAUCGUUGGCCUGAACUUAGCGGCCAUAACUCUGCGCCAUCGUUUAGAAAAGCGUUAUCGCAGCUACGAGUAG